AUGUUUCUGAUGGACACUACUACGACGAAGUUCGAGUUUUGACCGAUGCGUUGGUCGCUCUUUUUACUUGGCCUAUUACAUUCACAUGUGUCUUUCUGCCUUCUCCCAUCAGCAGGGUUGUUCGAGGCAGUACCCGACCCUUGGUGUAUCGUACGACUGCUGUGGCGAAGGCCAGCGCGCGCGUGCUGGCUCGAACGCUCCGUACGGUGUCUACGAAAGAGUCCCGAGUUGUUGUAAUUCUCUUCGCGGAGGUUUGGCUGCGCAUCUGCGCUUUGAUGACCACCAAGGAGAUGCAUGAGCUUGGAGACACUUUCUAUAGGCUUUCUCUGGCCAUUUUACAGGUCCUCCGUACGCGGAAUGUGGAGGAUCUACUGGAGAGCGUCAAGGACUUGACCGGUUCAACUGUUCAGCUCAUCGGACAGACAUCGAAAGAUGUUCAGAAGAUUAUCGACGAUCAAAAGCGGGAGAAAGCGUUACCAGCUGAACCCGCCAACACUGUCGCGCUCCCCUGUGAGCAGUCCAAGGCGACUCAUCUCACCAAUGCGAAGAGUGGUGACGAGAAAUAUAAUUGGGAUCUUACUAUUCAUAUCGACCUAAAGUCGCCAGCUACAGUCUUACUUAUUGUUCUGUUCUCCUCUGUAUGGCUAUGCGGUAUCCUCAAAGUGUUGGAGGUCCUGUAGAUGAAAGUUUGUACAUAAGUUCAACUCGAUUCCAUUCACCAUAAUUACUGUCCGUCCGCAGACAGAUU